AUGGCCGGGACCGUGGACCUGGACGCGAUACUGCUGGAGCUCGGCCAGUUCGGCCGGUACCAGAUCAGGAAUUACUGCUUCAUCCUCGUCGUCAUCCUGAUGAGUGCUGUCUACAACAGCCAGUAUAUCUUCGCUGCAGGAGAAGUUUCUUAUAGGUGUAAGGUACCAGAAUGCGAGGCGUCACCGCCGGAGUUCGAGGCCGGCAAUUGGGGCACGUUUGCCCUACCCGACGCUGGGGCGCGCUGCGAGCGUCUUGUGCCACUGGGGGAGGAGUGCGCGCCUUCCAGCUUCAGUGCCAACCAGACAAAGCGGUGUCAGUCCUGGGUUUAUGAGAAUCAGAACACUAUUGUACCUGAGUUCGACUUGGCGUGUCAGGAGUGGCUCCGUACCCUGGUGGGCACCAUCCACGUGGCUGGUGUGUUCGGCUCGCUGCCCGUCACCGCCUACAUAUCUGAUGCGUAUGGUAGGCGUACAGCGCUGGUGAUCACGGCCGUGUCUCCAGCAAUUAUGGGCGUCAUCCGAGCAUUCUCAAAUUCAUACAUCAUGUACAUCUGUUUCGAAUUCCUGGACGCCUUCGUCGGCGCCGGCGUCUACAGCACUGCAUUCAUUCUAGCUCUUGAGAUGGUGGGCCUGGACAAGCGUGUUCUGGGAGGCAACCUAAUCUCCAGCACAUUCGCACUGGGACAGGUAGUGACUGCAGGUGUAGCCUGGCUGGUGCCCUACUGGAGGACCUACACCCUCGUACUGUACGCACCCUCGGUCCUCUUCAUCUCAUACUACUGGCUUAUUGAAGAGAGUGUGCGCUGGUUGCUCAGUAAGGGACAAAACAAGGAAGCUGCUAGAAUUAUUUUCAAAGCUGCGAAGAUGAACCGAAGGAAGUUGUCUCCAGAGACUAUUAAAACUCUGACAGAAGAACCGGAUCCAAAGAAACCAACUCAAACGGAUGAAGUAGAGGAGCCCGAAGACAAGCGGGGUAUACUGCUGCAGGUGGUGAAGUCCAAGACGCUGAUGUUCCGUCUGAUUGUGUGCUCGUUCUGGUGGAUCACGCUGACGUUCGUGUACUACGGCCUGUCCAUCAACUCGGUGUCGCUGGUGGGCAACAGCUACGUCAACUACAUCCUGACGUCACUCGUGGAGAUCCCCGGCUACUGCCUCAGCGUGCUCACACUCGACAGGUUCGGCAGGAAGAGCUCCACCAUGACUGCGUUUAUCAUUUGUGGGAUAUCAUUGAUAGCGAUGCCAUUCGUACCGGAAACGAUACCCUGGCUGCAGACGACAUUAAACUUGCUGGGCAAGCUAUGCAUUAGCAUGGCGUUCAGCAGCAUCUACAUCUACACGGGAGAGUUGUUCCCCACGCAGGCGCGGCACCGCCUGCUCGGUACCUGCUCCAUGGCUGGCAGGAUAGGAGCGCUCGUCGCGCCACAGACACCACUGCUGAUGACAUACAUGGAGUCGCUCCCCUACUUAAUAUUUGGCAUCAUGGCGGGUACCUCCGGUCUGCUGAUGAUGCUGACGCCGGAGACUCUGAAGGCCAACUUACCUGACACCGUUGCGCAGGCAGAGAAUAUGGACAAGAAGAAGACUACUGCGCAGUAG